GUUGGGAAGGUCAGUAUGGCCAAACUCCUUCCUCUGAUUCUCGCCGGAAUUUUGACCACGUUGCUCCAUGAAGCCCAGGCGAGCCUGCCUCCAGGCCCUGCUGUUGAAGUGCUUGUGACCCCCAAAGGCCCCAUGUCAUCUUGCAAGAAAAGCAAAAUGUCGGUCGUGUUCCAGUCCAUCAAGUCCAAAAAGGGGAUCGUGUAUAGCCGCACAUACACUCACCAGGAGAUGUUGAAAUGCUUCGGAAGCCCCCAGCCGAACGCGGCCACCUUCGUGGACUGCGUCAACGCUGCCGCCGUGGCCGGACACUCCACACUGUACUUUGAUGGUGCCACCUGUUCCACCUACAACGUAACUGUGCCGAGUCAUGCAUGCGCCGACCAGAAGGCAGCAGUAGCAAACUACAUAGCCAUCUACCAGGCCAACCCACCUCUAUUCAAGCCAAAUUUCGGAAGUUUCAAAUUGUUUACGGUGGCUGCGACCCUGAAGGCGAGUACGAAUAACGACUUCGACGUGACGUGGACUACAGAUGAUGGUGGCUGCAACUACCCCGGCUUCUUCGUCAGCUUCUCCGGCCAGGAGAAGUACGUCGAAACCACUUCGUCCCAGACGACGAUAGAGAACAUCCCAGAGUGCAGCAACACAGAUGUCAUCGUCUCCUUCGGUCUCCCCACCGGAGAGAAGUUCGGUACCACCGCCCAGACUACCAUUCCGGCCUAUGGCAAAGUGUUGACGGUGGCUGCUACCCUGACGGCGGGUACGAACAACAGCUUCGACGUGACGUGGACUGCAGACGAUGUUGGCUGCAAAUAUCCCGGCUUCAUCGUUAGCUUCUCCGGCCAGGAGAAUUACGUCGAAGGCACUUUGUUCAAAACGACGAUUGAGAACAUCCCAAGAUGCGGAAUAGUCUUCAGCGUCUCCUUCGGUCAAUCUACCGGAGAGAAGUUCGGUACCACCGCCACGGUGGCGACUACCAAGCCAGAACCUCAAGGGAGUUGGCCGUUCAAUGUGGUGCCGGGAUUCACAAUGGAAGCCAACUUAUUCCCGAACAAAACGAUCAUCGUAUCUUACGACGCUUCACCUGGAUGCGGUAGCUUCACCAAGUUCAACAUUAGGUUUGGCAUUAAAUACACGGACGAAACGCGCACUGGUCCGGAUCUUGACUUCCCCAUAUCGGAACCAAAAGGCACCAUCGAGAUCGGAACUGUGGCUGUGCCUGAUAUUUGUCUGACUUCCUCGCUCUCUGUCACGUACAUCCAGGUGACGGACGGCGGAGAGGUCUCGGAUACCUAUGAGUUAGAAUUACCUCUCAACGAACUCGGGAAAAUAAGCCUGUACCCCUACGAGCAAGUUGAGUCCGAUAUCGUCGUCUCCUGGCCUACUGACCUGACACCUUACGACGUCUGUGGCGUCCUCCCCGGGACCACACUGACAUUCAAGAGACAGGACAAUGGCAACACUUUCACGGCGCCAAUAUCUGAUGGCCGCAUUACAUUAACCAACGUGGGAUUUGAUGAAAAAGCAAAAUUUGAUGUGGAGGUUGAUAGCUUAGGCAUCAAUCUGGUGGCCGUCUCCAUCUCUGCAGGUCGUUGAGCGGUUCACUGCUGUCGUUCAAGGGCGGUUCUCCGCAGCGGUUCGUUACGAACUACACCCAAUGGAACCCUGCAUGUCAAGCCCAUUACAGUUUCGCGUCAGGAACUGUAAGCAGAAGUGAACCGGCCGGAUUUAAUAAAUAUUAUUGGUGAA